GCCAUGUCUAGCGCAAACUCAUCGAGAUUACGGCGGCUGAACGGCCGGCUCCAGGCUUGCGACCCGUGCCGCAGGAGGAAAGUGGCCUGCGACCACGGCCAGCCCGUCUGCCAGCGGUGCAAGCGCAAGCAGUGGGAUGCCCGCUGCACCUACACCAUCUCCCAGCGCUCAGCCGUCCCAUUCAACCGGCACGCAUCUCAAGGGGCCGUGUCACAACCUCCCGCCCAGACUAGCGCUCAAUCGCCGCCGCCAAGUGAAGGUCAGCCCAGGCCGAGCGGCGUCGUCGUCGAGGGCGAGGGCGACCACACAAUCGAAGCACAGACCCCGGCCAGCACCCCAGGUACAAGCACUCUCACGCCCAACUGGAAAGCUCCAGGGUACCUGGGCUAUGCAAGCUACACAACCGUCCUCGACGAGGCCCGCGAGAGCCUGCCGACGGCCAGCGCCGACCCGGCAACCAGGGACGGAGUCGAGCCGGAACAAGCCAAGCCCGGGCCCAGAAUAACGGAACCCGUGAUGAGCGCGUGCAUUGCGGUCCUCCGACGGAUUCCCCUUGCCGAGGACAGCACAAUCUUGGACAAGGACUACUUGGUCCUGUUCCAGUGGGUCCACCGUAUAGCGCAGAGCAUCCUCGAAGCGCUGUAUGACCCAAAGGCGUUCGGCAUGUAUGUGGGGAAGCGCCGCGACGACGAUGGUCUCAGGAAGAUGGCUCAAGUGAUUUGCGCCAACACUGUCAAGCCUGUGGAUGACAGCCUCGAAGCCAAGGAGUGGGUGGCCCAGUUCACUGGCAACAACAUCCGCUGGGAAUCGAUUGGUCUUUUAUUCACGUUCUGGGACACAGCGCGCCGGCAGCUGCCACUACAAUUUCACACGCCCUCUGACGAAGACGAAAAUUGGUCUCGAACGCGGGACGGGCUCAACAGGUGCCUUGCUUUGAGCAACGAGUUCUCCCGUGGCAACUUGUUGGUGUUGCUCAUGUUUCAUCGCCGCUCAAGGAUGGAAAGCAUGGUGUCGGGAGAUGCCAGUCUCAGAUCUUGGAAAUACCACGCGCAGACAGUCGCGUGUCUCACAUUCCUGGGGUAUCAUGCCGAGCACAACAGGGAGCCAUAUGUCCCCACAUUUACGUCUGAGCUGAAGAGGAUCCUCUGUGCCUCCAUCUAUGGCGGCGACAAGACCUUUGCCUCAUUCGCUGGUCGACCGCCUUUAUUGUCAAAGACUUUCAUGACGACACCCUUGCCCCUGGACCUGCGCGAGGACUAUCUCUUUUCGAACCAUAGCGUGCUGAGGGAGAAGGCAGCAACAACACUAGACGAGCGCGGGUGGAGCACCGAGGGGCACUUCACCGCAGCCACAGCAUAUCGGGCCCGAGGCAUGCUCAAAACCAUCCGGGAAGACAUUCUGACCAUCGCACUAGGAGUUGAGCAAAAUGCGUCCGUGGACGCGCUCCUCAACCUCGGAAAAAGACAAGCUACCAUCAUGGCAGAGCUGCCGAGAUCCGCCCAGCACCGCCCCGAAGACGUGACCAGCUCCGGGACACUCAGCGAGGUUGUCUUUGCGCGGUUGCUCAUCAAAAUGGACGCGCUUCAGAGCGGGUUCUUCCUUGACCGCCUGCUGCUGAAGAGGGGCUACGACUCGAGCGCCCACCUCUUGGUAACGAGUUUCCAGCUUGUGAGCGACACGCUCAUCGUCUGGACGAACUUUGAGCGAUUUGUCUCCAUGAAGAGAGACUUUGAAUGGAUCCUCAUGACUUAUGGCGCCCCAGCUGGCGGCAUACUGUGCAAAGAACUGCAGAAACCAUCAUUUGCGGGGCGACAUCCCCAGGAUCGGCGCAUCACCCGCUCAUCCAUCAUCCAGAAGCUGUCCCUGCUCGUCGGAUUCCUUGAGUGGGUCGACCCCUUGGCACCGAACGCGGAGCUCUGCAACGACUGCAAGUCAGUCAUCCAGCUCGUUCUGGACCAAGCAUUGAACGGCGUGGGCGGUCCCGCAGGCCCACCUGUCCCGUUGUCCUCGGCCAUGACUACAGAGAGCGACCCGAUGGGCCUCGAAUUCCUUGGCAAAGGACUCGACUUCAAUUUUGACCUAAUGGAUUCUUUCGACUGGCUCACCGCCGAGCUUUGAGGCGUUGGUGAAGUGGGCUGAAGAGGCGUGUGGCAGUUGGGCAACUGGCAGAGUCCUGCGAGCUGCAGACACGUGAGGGUCAGUGUCGGGCAGAAGCACACCCAACGC